UACGUGCGCGUGGGCCGCUGGCGGCGCGGCGCGCUGUACAUGCGCGGGGGGGCGCAGGCGGCGGCCAAGCGCGCGGCGGGCGAGCGCGGCUCGUGCGGGCGACCGUGCGGCGCGGGCCAGUGGGCGCGGCGGGGCGAGGGGCGCGCGCGCUGCUGCUGGACGUGCGUUCCGUGCGGCCCGCUGGCCGUGCCGCGCCGCGCCGGCUGCCGCGCCUGCCCGCCCGGACACCGGCCCGACACCACGCGCACAUCGUGUGUAGCGGUGGAGGUGGAGUGGGGCGGCGGCGCAGGCGCGGGCUGGGCGCGCGCGGCGGCGGCGGGCGCGGGGGCGGCGGGGCUGGCGAGCGCGGCGCUGUGCGCGGCCGCGUUCGUGCGCCACCGGCACACGCCCGUGGUGAAGUCGGCGUCGCGCGAGCUGUGCGCGCUGCUGCUGGGCUGCGCGGCCGUGUGCCACUGCGCGGCCGUGGGCAGCGCGCUGCGGCCGUCGGCGGGCACGUGCGCGCUGGUGCGGCUGGCGGCGCCGGCGCUGGGCGGCGUGUACGCGUGCGUGGUGGCGCGCACGGUGCGCAUCGCGCGGCUGGUGCGCGCGGCCGAGCGCGGUGUGGCACGGCCGCGGCUGCUGUCGGCGCGCGCGCAGCUGUGGGCGUGGGCGGCGCUGAGCGCGCCGGGCGCGGCGGCGGCGGCGUGGUCGGCGCGGGCCUGGCCGCCGGCGCCGCGCGUGGCGCACCCGGCGCGCGCGCGCUCCGUGCUAGCGUGCGGCGGCGAGCACGCGCAGGCGCAGCUGGCGCCGCUGGUGCCCGCGCUGCUGCUGCUCGCCGCCUGCGUCGUGCUCGCCGUGCGGACGCGCCGCUUGCCGCAUAAUUUCAAUGAAACGCGGUUCAUAGGCGCGGCGGCGUACACGACGUGCGUGACGUGGGUGGCGUUCUUCCCGCUGUACGUGGCGACGGAGGCGCGCGCGCUGGCGCUGUGCGCCUGCGUGUCGCUGUCGGCGGGCGGCACGGUGGCGCUGUCGCUGGGCCCGCGGCUGUGGGUGUGCGUGUGCCGGCCGCAGCGCAACACGCGCGACCACUUCCUCACCGCCACCUCCAUCCGCUGCCACAUCGGCAAGUACCGCGCCACGCCGGCGCCGCGCGACCGGGCCGUCGGCGCCGCGCCCGCAGGCGAGCCGUCGCGCACCCCAGGUGAACGUCGUGAAACGGUGUCGCGCGCCAGCCAGACGGAGGCGCCGGCGGCGCUGGAGCUGUGCGCGGCGGCGGGCGCGUGCGCGCGCGUGCGCCGCGUGCCGCGCGGCGAGGACACCGCCGACGUGCUCAUCCUGCUGCUGCCGCACGUGCACGCCGCCCACCACCACGACGACAACUUCUAA